ACGCGGAGACAGCGGGAAGAAGACGGCUGCUCUGCACGGCUGGGAGCUCGGCACCUUCCUGAAGACCGAGCACUGUCCUGGGAGCCUCUGUGUCUGGGCAGCCGUGGGGUCCGCGUGGGGCCGACUUGCAGGUGGAUGAGCGCUGAGAAGCUGCGGCAGCCUUGGGCCCCCCUGGGACCACUCCCCUCCUCUCUGCGUGCUGCUGGGGGCCGUGGAGAGCCGGGCAGGGGUGCAGCGUUCCCGGGGAGCCUGCGGGCAGGCUUCCUGCCAAUGGCUCUGCCCGGCAGCCUCGGGCAGCCCUGCCCUGGCCCCUGCGGGAGCCACUUCAGAUAAGCAGCUCCUGCCUCCCAGAUGGGCGAGGGAAACUUUUCAGCACCAUGGAGAGGUCCCGGCAGUCUGACAGCGACUCCCGAGAGGAUGGGAUGGAGCUCGGCAGCGACGGCCGCAGCAGCGCCAGCUCGCGGUCCAACUCCGCCAAAGUGACCCCGUGCUCCGAGGGCCAGCCCGCGACGUCGCCGGGGGGCAGCCUGGACCUGGUGUCGGCGCUGGAGGACUAUGAGGAGCCCUUCCCGCUGGACCCGCACCCGGGCGCGGACGAGUGGGCGCCGGGCGAGGACGGCGAGGACGGCGAGGACGAGCGCGCGGGCCGCGGGCACCGCUGUCCGGCGCGCGGGCCGGGGCCCGUGAGCGCGGGGACCCGCGGCGUGGGCGGCGGCGCGCGGGCGCCCCCGGCCAUGCGGCCCCCGGUGCCCAACGGCAACGCGCCCCCGCACGACCCCCGGGACCUGGGGCACAAUGGCAACGUGGUGGCGGCGGCCGGCCGGCCCGGGGACCCCCGCGGGGCGCCGCAGACGCCCGGGCCGGCGGACGGCGGCGCCGAGGAGUCCCCCGAGCCCCCCAUGGACUGGGAGGCGCUGGAGAGGCACCUGGCGGGGCUGCAGUUCCGGGAGCAGGAGGUGCGCAACCAGGGCCCGCCGAGGACCAACUCCACCUCCGCACAGAAAAAUGAGAGGGAGUCGAUCCGGCAGAAGCUGGCACUGGGGAGCUUCUUCGAUGACGGCCCGGGCAUCUACACCAGCUGCAGCAAGAGCGGGAAGCCCAGCCUGUCCUCCAGGCUCCAGAGUGGGAUGAACCUGCAGAUCUGCUUCGUCAACGACAGCAGCAGCGACAAGGACAGCGAUGCAGACGACAGCAAGACGGAGACCAGCGUGGACACACCCCUGUCCCCCAUGAGCAAACAGAGCUCUUCCUAUUCCGAUAGAGACACGACGGAGGACGACUCGGAGCCCCUGGAUGACAUGGACUUCCUCAGCCGGCAGAAGAAGCUGCGCGCUGAGGCCAAGAUGGCCCUGGCCAUGGCCAAGCCCAUGGCCAAGAUGCAGGUGGAGGUGGAGAAGCAGAACCGGAAGAAGUCGCCCGUGGCCGACCUCCUUCCCCACCUGCCCCACAUCAGCGAGUGCCUGAUGAAGCGCAGCCUGAAGCCGGCUGACCUCCGCGGCAUGACCCUGGGCCAGCUCCAGGUCAUCGUCAACGACCUGCACUCGCAGAUCGAGAGCCUGAACGAGGAGCUGGUGCAGCUGCUGCUGGUGCGGGACGAGCUUCACAUGGAGCAGGACGCCAUGCUGGUGGACAUCGAGGACCUGACCAGGCACGCCGAGAGCCAGCAACGGCAGCUGGCGGAGAAGACACCUUCCAAGUGAGGCCGCCCACCCGCCUGCCCGCCCAGCAGGGGCUGGAGUCCUCCUGCCCCCCCCCCCCCCCCGGUCGUCAGAAACGCUGUCGCUAAAGGGGGUGUGUUGUCCUGGGCUGUCUGCGCUUCCGUCGUCUGUCCGUCCGUCCGGUGACCAGCCUCUGCUACUUAAUUUAUUUCUUUUUUAUUUUUUAACUCAGUCCCAGGCAUUUUAAUAAGAUAAGGUGACAGAAACUGUACAGUCCUGCCAUGGGCCCGGCCCGGGUCCAGCAGAGGGGAGUGUCACGGGGGUCCCCGGGGCUCAGGAUGGGCCCGCACACCCCACGCCGGAGAUGGUGCUACCCCCGGGCACGAGGGCCCGGCCCGGUGUUGACCACUCCCCUCGGCAUCUCGAGAGUGUGGAUGCCCGGGGUUUCCCUCUGAGGCAAGUGGAUGGCCUGUGGGCGCCGGGCCGAGUCUCCUGUAUAAAUAUGUAAAAUAAAGAUGAGAACUUUGUUUCA